CGUAAACCGCGCCUCCUCGGAGUAGAUUGAGAACAGGGUCAAAAGGCCGGCUGGUCCCUCUCUCCAAUUCAGUGGCGCGUGCAGCCCUCUCAACGCCAACCAGACAACAACGACGCACAUUAAGCCGCCGUUGCCAUGAGGAAGCGGCCAUUAAAGGCACGACCCGGCGCGCGCUCUCCCCACAGACUCCUCCGUUUCCACCACCAGAGGCCGGCGCCGGUCGAACCAUGACGGUGCUCCUCCCCAUCCCGCCGCUGGUCCCCAUCCCGCCGAUCGCGGUGCCGGGAGAGGUCCGGCGGAUGGUGAGGCUGACGUACCUGACCGCCCUCACCACGCUCCUCGGCUACGUCGUCUUCUUCGUCUUCGGCUUCCUCCGGGAUCUCUUCCGCGAGCUCUUCGACUGGUCCAAGUCCGACGACCUCAGGGGUUACGCGCCGAUAUGCCCGCCAUUUGAGGAUUUCUACACCCGCCGAAUCUAUCACCGCAUCCAGGAUUGCUUUGCCCGACCGAUCGCGAGCGCACCGGAUGCCUGGAUCGAUGUGGUGGAGCGGUAUUCCAAUGACAACAACAAGACCCUCCACCGGUCUUCGACCGCAUCCAGAUGCCUCAACCUCGGAUCAUACAACUACCUCGGUUUUGCUGCCGGAGAUGAGUACUGCACGCCUCGCGUGAUCGAGUCUCUCAAGAAAUACGCUCCUACCGCUUGCAGUGCUCGGGCUGACGCAGGAACCACCAGGUUGCACGUCGAGCUCGAGGAGUUGAUAGCACGAUUCGUCGGAAAGCCAGCGGCCAUCACCUUCGGCAUGGGAUACGUGACCAACUCCUCCAUAAUCCCAGUUCUAGUCGGAGAGGGAGGGCUAAUCAUCAGCGACUCGUUCAAUCACAACUCCAUCGUCAGUGGCGCUCGCGCAUCCGGCGCAACGGUGCAUGUUUUCCGGCACAACAGCCCUUCGCACUUGGAAGAGGUGCUGCGGGAGCAGAUCGUCAAGGGUCGUCAACCUGGCACACACAGACCAUGGAGAAAGAUACUUGUCAUCGUCGAGGGCAUAUAUAGCAUGGAAGGGGAGUUCUGCAAGCUGCCUGAGAUAGUAGCCAUCUGCAAGAAAUACAAGGCAUACAUAUAUCUGGAUGAAGCUCAUAGCAUCGGUGCGGUGGGUAAGUCCGGGAGAGGUGUUUGUGAGCUGCUCGGGGUGGAUCCAGCUGACAUCGACAUCAUGAUGGGAACUUUCACCAAGUCAUUUGGAUCCUGCGGAGGCUACAUUGCAGCAUCAGAGGAGAUCAUUCGAUAUCUGAAGCACGCUUGUCCGGCGCAUCUCUACGCGACCUCCAUGUCACCGGCCGCCGUUCAACAGGUUAUAUCCGCGAUCAAGGUUGUUCUCGGAGAAGACGGGUCAAACAGAGGGGCCAAGAAGCUGGCGCAGAUUCGGGAGGGCAGCAACUACUUCCGAUCAGAGCUGAAGAAGAUGGGCUUUGUGGUUCUCGGAGACAACGACUCGCCGGUGAUGGCUAUAAUGCUCUACAAUCUGGCGAAGCUCCCCGCCUUCUCGCGAGCGUGCUUGAGACAGAAUGUUGCGGUGGUGACGGUAGGGUAUCCGGCGACGCCAGUUCUCCUUGCCAGGGCAAGGAUCUGCAUCUCUGCUUCCCACACCAGGGAAGACCUCAACAAAGGCUUGAAGGUCAUCAGCGAAGUUGGUGGUCUGGUGGGUGCGAAGUGCCUCCCCGCAGAACCAGAGAAGGCGAAGAAGAUGGACUGAGGAAAGCCUGCAUUUUUGGUGACAGUACCAUUUUGCAGGAAGAAGAUUUAUGUUCAUACAUCAUCAGAAGUGCAUUCUGUUCCUCACUGAAUUGGAUUCUAUAUAAUUCUUUACAAUGUUAAGUGUACAAUUUGUGUGAAUGAAUCAGCUUACAGAUUCCUUGAAGCACAAACCAAAUGGGAAGCUGUGAGAAUGUUGGGAUGAGCUGUGAGAAAACAGUGAUGCCCCCAAAGUUCACCUGCAAAUAGCUGAGACAACACUAAAAGAUUUCUCCAUUUCAACAUUCCUUCACUUCCAAUCAUUAGUCUUUCUUGUCACACAUUGUGAGAUUUGAGAUUCAUAUGAUUGGAACUACAUACCUUCGAUUUGGAUCCAAGAAUGUCCUGAAAGUUGGUGAGAUGGUGUCUGAUUGCUUCCUCAAGGUUUUAAUUCAAGAAA